AUGGAAGAGAGUUACCGGCCACAACGUUUGGCCGUAUGCCAUUGGCUUAGAGCGAUAGAUCCAGCCGCAGACCAAAAUGUGUUUUGCAAGAUUCGAGCAGAGUAUCCAGGUACAGGCGGGUGGCUCCUUGGUAACCAUCUUUUUGACGGGUGGCUUGAUCCAAAAUUUGCCAAGAUACCCCCUUUACUCUGGCUUACAGGCUUGCCUGGCGCAGGGAAGACUAUCCUUACAUCCCUUAUAGUCGAAGAAGUACAGAACCUUACACCGAGACCACAUGUUCUCUUCUUUUACUGCAAACAAAAUGUUCCAGAGCACAAUACAUUCCUUGCAAUUGCUCGAAGUUUCAUUCUACAACUUCUCAACCAGGACAAGAGUCUGUUGUUAUACUUGUACCGAAAGCACUGCGACAGUAAUGAAGCAGUGCUGUCGUCGAUUCCUUUGGCCCAGGAGAUGUUAAACUUUCUGCUGUCUAGCUGUAAAAACGCCUAUAUCAUCAUUGACGGCCUCGAUGAGUGUGAGAGAGAAGAACGGAAAGCCAUGACGCAGUGGUUCCGGCAUCUUGUCGAAUCGCUGUCUGAAAAAGCGCCCGAUCGCCUGCGCUGCCUUUUCGUCAGCCAAGAUGACCGUAUCGGGGAAAAGGACUUACGAGGACUUGCCAAGAUUACCAUUGAACCUCAGGAGAACAAAAAAGACCUCCUAGCUUACUGCAGAGUACAAGCCGAGGAGCUUAGAUGCAAGUUUGAAUUCUCAGAGGAGGAAGCGAGUAGGAUUGCCGUUGCCGUUGCCGAUUCCGUGAAGGGCAUCUUCCUAUUGGCGAAAUUGAUUUGGAUCAACCUAAUUUCACAGAUUACUCUUGCUGAGGUUGAAGAGCAAGUAAGCGAGUUUCCUCCAGAGAUCAACCAAGCAUACGAACGGAUUAUGGAUAGAGUAGUCCAUAAAGCCCCUCGCCACAUGAGAACAAGCGCUUUGCAGUUGCUCGGGUGGCUUGUUUGUGCAAAACGACCUCUGAAAUGGCACGAGAUACAGUCUCUGAAAUCUAUUAACCUUAGCGAACAGUCUGUUGACUUCGCACGACGCAAGUUUUCAGUGUCCGGAAAGGAUCUUGCUGGCUCUUUGGUAGAGCUGCGAGCGGACGGAACGCUUGAGCUAAUUCAUGUAUCAGCAAAACUGUUCUUGAUUGAAAAUUCGCGUUACAUAGAUAUAGUUGCCAAAGAACUCGAACUCGCAUGCUUUUGUAUUGACUACCUCAAUCUUCCAGUAUUUAGGUGUCAGCCAACUACAGAAGCAGUACUUAACGGGGAUUACGGAUUUCUGGACUAUGCUGUUUUGAACUGGACUCGACAUCUGGAGGCAGGCACCUUGCGCCCUGAUGACUACGGAGACCAAAUUGGUGAACUUUCAGAGUCCUUGGAGACGUUCAUCAGAAAUCAUUGGACAGAGCCAACCGCUAGGCUCCUAAUACCUGGCGGGAUCAAAAAGAGGCUUAAGAGCUUCGAGUCUCUAGACUUCUACGACAAACUCGAACAAUCAGUGACCUCAUGGAAGAAGCAACUGAGGGUAUUAGAGGGUGUUAAAUCUGGAGAGGUUACUCUAGACCUUGGUGACCUCGUUCUUGGUAUACGAAGGGUCCUAGAGGAUAUACUCAGAUCAAACAGGGAACUUUCAAUACACAAGACAAUCACGGACAAAUACGGCAACAUGAUCUUCAAAUGCCCUCGACUUACCUGCCAAUUCUUUGUUGUCGGCUUCUUGACAGAGGCAGAACGAGACGAACACUUGGAUAAACAUACUCGGCCUUUUCGAUGCACAGAGGAGGGAUGCAGAGGUUCCUUUUUUGGAUUUGCGUCAAUGUGGGAGCGAGACAAACACAUCAGGGACAGCCAUCCUGAAGAAGAUAGUCACCGUCAGGAGUUUCCAACUGAUGAAGAGGUUUCACGAAGUAUGCAAAAUGAUACUGUUGCAGAAGAGCCCACCGCAGCUCUGGAGGAAACACAACCACCACAGCCAGAAACAGAGGCAUCUGACUCGGAUUCAGACUCAUGUUCGCUGGUAGAGCCAGAGCGGGAAGAACAAGACCAAUUGCGCUCGCGAGAAAGGGGCAGACCACGACAGUUCAGUUGUCCACAUUGCCCCAAAGUGUACACCAAAAGGUACAAUCUCACGUCACAUCUGCAGAGCCAUACGGAUAGGCGGCCAUUUCCAUGCAGUCUCUGUAUAAAAGCCUUCGCUAGAAUGGGCGAUCUUAUCCGACAUCAGAAAACACAUGGAAAAAAGGAAUAUGUGUGCAAAGGCGUGCUUACAAAUGGGGCCAAAUGGGGCUGUGGAAAGGCCUUCAGCCGGGCAGACACCUUGAAGACUCACCACAAAUCUGAGGCUGGCCAGAAAUGUAUUCUACCCUUCGAGCAGCAGCAAAUUCAGGAAUAG